AUGAAGAAGAGCAAAUCAUUUGAGCUUACCAGACCUAACGAAUGGGAUCAGCCUAUUAGUAAAAUUGUGAAAAGGGAGUUUAAUAACCUGAAAAAUGAGAAGAAAGUCAAAGUAUCUCUCUUAGAAAAACGAAGAUUAUUCAAGAUGAAAUUUGAGGAAGGCCAUAAUGCGUUAAGAAACAAAUUGAUUACUGGUUGUUAUAACUAUGAGGUGUUUAAAUAAGAAGGCUCAUUUGAAAAGACUGAGUAGUACUCCAUCAACAAGUUUCAAGUUGAAAAAGAUAAAUUCUAUUACCAAAUCACAAAAGGCCAAGAAACAAAGAGCUAACAACCAAGAGGAGAAGCAGGCAGAGUCAUUUGUAAAGCUAAGACGAUACUCUAACAUUGUUGGAGGAGACCGAGUUGCAAUAUCUAUCCAGAACAUGAAGGGUUGGAAUAUCCAAAUUGAGAGAGAAGAACAAGUGAGAAGGCACAGAAAUAAAUUUAAUAGUAAAUAACACAGCAAGGAAGUCUGAGAGAAGUGCAAAGAAUAAUUUCAAAUAACAAGAAUAGAUUUAGGAGAAUCUCUAUCCAGGUUUCAUCUAAUUUUAAGGAAAGUUUUGAGCCAAAAACUGCUCGAAAUGCCUAUGGAAGUGGCAAGUUUAAGCAGGAUAUGAACAAAAUAUCCGAAAUGGUAAUGAGUAAUUAUGCAGAAGGUAGCUCUCCAACUUAUGGCUUUGGAGGAUAUUUGGGUGAUGGAUUACGGCCCCUAGAUGAGUACACUGGAGAGACAAAUACCUCUCAUAGCUCAUGAUCAUCACCCAAACUGAAGUUUCUCAAUUGUGGCAUAUCUAAGGCACAGAAAAAGAGGAAGAGCAAGCAUUUGAAAAAAAAAAGAGCUCACUUCUCAUCUAAAGUAGAAGAGAUGAAGGACUCAAAGGUGAAACCUUCUUAUUUAAAGGUAAAUAAACCCAAUAGUCAUAUCAUUGUUGAUUCUAUCAUGACCGGACUUAAGAGAGAACGUAUGAAACCUGAGGAGGCCCAAAAGAAGGAACAAGAAUAUGCCAAGAAGCUGGAGGAGAAAGCCUUAAAGAAGAAAGUAUCUGUCCCUGUUCUGCUAUUCAGAAGGUUUGGCCUAGCCCACCCAGACGAUAAGUCUAGCAAUGUCAAAGCUAGGAUUGCCAAGAUUAAGGAAAAAGCAUUGGAGAAGAGGUUUCAGUUUAAUACAUUGUGAAAUAAAGACAGUACUAAGACAUAUGAUCCUAAGAAGUACAAGAUCAAGGAUAUGGCUAGUUAUAUUAAUAAUCAUCUGUUCACAAAUUUAAAGGCAAGCUCUAAGUUAAAGGCUCGUAAAACUCAGUGCUUGUUGAAGAAAAGCAAAACAUCUAGGAUUACUCAUAUUUGAAAUCAGAGGGAGUUUACGAUGGCAAAUCAAUAUAAUAUGAUUUCUGUUAAGAAUAACAACUAUUCUAGAAAAGGCACUGCAACAACAAGAACUAGAACUCCAUCAAAUCUCAACAGAAAUGAUUGUAGAAAAUUAUUCUCUAGACGUAAAAUAACCUCCCAAAAAUCUUCCAGGGUGAGACCAAUAUCCUCCUUCAAACCGCCCAAAAAGCCUCAUAAAGCAGUUCCAUCACUUUAAAUCCCUACAAAUAAAAGCAAUUAAAAUUCA